AUGGAAAAACUUGUAUACCGACGCAUAGAAGUCCAUGAUCAAAGGCUGCAGGCAGGACUUACAGAUCCACCGCCAAUACUUACACCCCGACAUAGCCCGAACCUUGACGCAGCGGCGAAUGAAAAGCGUGGGUCAUACCGAUUCUUGUCGACAUCAGAUAAACGAAGCAGGCCAGACUACACAGGGCUAGAUGGGGCGCCUACGAAGAAGAAAAGGAGACGCAAAGAUAAAACUAAGGGCGGCCAUGGGGCGAAUGAUAAUACGCAGAAGGAAAAAGAAGCUGUGGUAACUCAGGAAGGGGGCUCCUCUCCCGCAACCCUCGACGAGGUCAAGACUAUUCAAAGCUUCGUUGAUGAAAUUAUCCAGCUAGACUACUCCGAUGCUAUCCAAGCGAUCAAGCAAGAAAACGCCUUUUCAGCCAGCAAGAACAUCCAGACUCGGUACAACGAAACCGCGUAUUGGGAGAUCAUAGAGAAAGGUGCAGACCUCCUCGAUCCGAAGAGUCUGCCAACCCCUAAAGGGCCUCUCGAUGAGUUCACAAUUGCCGAGAAGGUUGCGACCGAGCGCUUCAUGAGAGAAGCGGGUUAUGGCCUCAGCCUUGCUAACCAGCGUCAGUGCCGCCUUUUCUGGAAGAGGCUUUGCCAGAUGCGGAAAAUGGGCGUUGACAAGAUUCUCCUAUAUCGGACUAAGGAGUUUGAUCGCUUUUGCAAGACCUAUCCGUCAGAAGACGGGGCGUCCCUGGUACAAAUGGUUCGACUCUGGGAAGAUAUGUACGGCUUGCAGAUCAAACAGCUGGAAAGCCGGGUAAUUCAAGAGAGUAUGGGCGAUCUCACGGGAAGACUGUGGCCCAGUGAGCCUAAGAGAUUGAGGAUUUCACAUGUUGCAUGGGACGGUUCGAGUAACCAGUGCCUCUCUGACGAGGAAGCUAUCACUUUCCAAUCGAGAGGACAGAGGGGAUAA